CUAUCGGACAUCGAGAAUACGUCGAGCGUUCGGCGCCAUAUUCAGCCAGUAUCAUGGAUCGCGGGAUCAGAACGGGCAAGCAGGUGUUGUAACAGUUAUGGUCGUAUCUCGUAUGGACAGUCGAGCGGUCGGCGGUAACCGAGCCGCCGCGGAAGAGCUAGGUACUGUAAGAAUAAAUAUACGCGUGCCGGAGGGGCGGGACUUUGCGGCGUUCCGGGGAGGAGCCAGCCCCAUCGCCGCGCCCGCCCGACAGACGACGACCGCGGGUCGGGCCCGAGAUGGUCCGGGCGUUGUUGUGAAAGCGUAACCGUCGGCAGUAACGAUGAGUUUGCCUAGCGGUGUGGACAUGACCGCAGCCCUCAUGUCGCAGCAUCCCGCUCUCGGAGGACUGUCUCCCGCGUUCUUUUUGCAGCGAGCGUCCGAGCGGUACCAACGGACGCCCAAGUGUGCCCGGUGCAGGAACCACGGAGUCGUGUCGGCCCUGAAAGGACAUAAACGCUACUGCCGUUGGAGAGAUUGUGCUUGUGCAAAAUGUACAUUGAUAGCAGAAAGACAGAGAGUUAUGGCCGCCCAAGUAGCUCUAAGGCGGCAACAGGCUCAAGAGGAAAACGAGGCCAGAGAACUGGGAUUGAUAUACCCACCACCAUCGUCGUCAUCUUCAGCUGCUGCUAGAUCAAGUCCAGACGAAAAAAGAGCGCGCCUCAGUUCGGAAGAAUCCAUUAAUGCAAAACACGACCAAACAAUUGGCACACAAGAUCAAAACACACGAAGCCGAUCGUCCAGCGUAUCGCCGAACGCCCCGACCCAAGUAACGUCCACACAAUUUGCCGCCAAAUUCAACAGUCCCACGAGAUCGGAGGUGGAGAGCAACGAGAGUAGCAACGAAGCUGCCCCGGAAAACCUGUCGCUGCCCAAACGGAGAGACUCCAGUUCGCCGACCGAACCCGACCGUUCCCGAUUGCCGUCGAACUAUCCAAAUUUCUCCAGUUUCCUGGAAUCGAGCGCCGCGGCCGCCGCAGCCGCAGCCGCCGGAGUCAACUCUGCCGGACGGUCGGCCGUCGAUGUACUCCGACGCGUUUUCCCUUACAAGAGACGAGUGGACAUCGAAAACGUGCUGCAGAGGUGCAACGGAGACGUAUUGCACGCAAUCGAACUCAUGAUGUGUUCAUCGGAUCAGCUGCCGACCAUAGGACAUCCGUCGCUCAUGGACUCGCACUCAGCGUUCUCGCCCAUGUCCGCAGCCGCGGCCACGGUGUGCACGGCCGCGGCCGCGAUGACGUCGUUCCACCACCAUCACCACCAGCAGCAGCAGCAGCAACAGCAGCAGCAACAACAGCAGGCGCCCCGUUUCCUCACAGCACCGAUUCACCACUAUCUACAGCCGCAACUGCACCACCUCACCACUGUUCACCCGCACGCCAUGACCUACCAGUCGCACCACCUGAACCAGGCAGCGACUUCACCGCGGUCACCGUCACCCGGUUCCGACAAGACGUCGUACUCGGACUGAUGAAAACGCAUCGCAGCGUCGCAUCCGCACCCGUCCACGCACAUCCGUUCAUACAUCCAACUAUCCUUCCGACCAUCCAUCCACACAUCCACACACCAUCGUGUAGACUGUAGAGCAACGAUCAGAUGGUCACAGCAAUUAACGUUUUUUGAUAAAAAAAAAAUAGUAAUCCGGGAAACCUUCGGAAAUUUAUCUCUUCCUACUUCUUCUUAUCCUGCUCAUCCUCCUGCUUCUCGAUCUCGGUGCGUAUACAACGUAAUUAUACAAUACAUGAAUCAUUUAGCAUUUUAUUUGAUUCAACAGCAUUAAUGCAUUUGUGAAUUUACUGAGUAGUUUAAUAUCGGAC